GGGCGCGGCGGCUCCUCUCGCUGGCGCGGCCACGUGCCCACCCGGAAGCGGCGCGCCGGUCUGCGGGCGCUGCGGGCCGCGGCGAUGGCGGGAGCUGCGUGCGGCCUGUGGCGGGCCGCGCGGCUCCCCUCCGCCGCCACCCCCUCCUCCUGCUUCUCCUCCUCCCCCUGGGCGCGGAGGGGCUUUGCCGCCCGGGAGAGGCGGCCCCCGGCUGCGGCCCCCGGCUGGGAGCUGCGGGGCGGGCGAGAGGGCGGCUCCCCCGCGGCGAGGCCGAGGCCGAGGCCGCUCCCGCCGCGGGCCAGGGGCUCCGAGAUCCUCUUCGGGCUGGCGCCCUGCGCCCUGGCGCUCGCCCACGCCCGCAGGGCCUUCUUCAGGCUCUUCCUCAGGUCCGGCAGCGGCCCGCCGCGGCCCGCCACCAGCGAGCUGCUGCUGCAGGCGGCGGCCCGCGGGGUCCCCGUGGAGCGCGUCCCCAGGAGGGAGCUGGACGCCCUGUGCGGGGGGCAGGUCCACCAGGGCGUUUGCUUGGAGGCCACCCCUCUGCGCUGCCGCAGCGUGGAGGAGGCCGAAACGCUCCGUUCGGGGGGCGAGGACGGCCCGGGCCGCCGGGUGGUUUGGCUGGCGCUGGAGCGGAUCCAGGACCCCAUGAACCUGGGGGCCUUGCUGCGCUCCGCGUACUUCCUGGGCGCAGACGGAGUGGUGACCAGCCGGAGGAGCAGCUGUCCCUUGACUCCAACAGUGAGCAAAGCUAGCUCUGGAGCUAUGGAAGUCUUCGAUGUCUACAGCACAGAUGAUCUCCAGAGUUUUUUGAAGGCUAAAACUGCAGAAGGCUGGGAAGUCGUGGGAACAGUCAGCAGGACUGAGGAUGCAGAAGAUGUUCCUGUCGUCAAUUGCUUGGAAUUUCAGUGGAAUAAACCCAUUAUUUUAGUAAUAGGUAGCGAAGGUGAUGGACUUUCUCUAGAGACGCAGCGCUUGUGCCAUCGGAUGCUAGUCAUACCCCCUGGAAGAGCACUUUGCCCAGGGAUUGAAUCGCUGAAUGUCUCUGUUGCUACUGGUAUUCUCCUGCACUCCAUCUGCAGCCACAAACUGGGGCAUGGUGAUUGAUGUUAUCCUGGCAGGUGGCGGAAACUGUUCAGCCCAGACCUUUUGACUGGGGAAGCUGCUCAGCGUUACGUGGCCACGCUCAGCUGGACUAGAUCUGGAAGUACUCCUUCCAGGGUCUUCUCCGUUGCUGCAAGCUAUAGGGAGAGACCCACUGAACUGAAAUUCGCCUCGGCUGAUGAGAACUGCACCACCCAAGCCCUGGCUCAGCACCGAAUCCAGACUGUCUGCACGCCACUAGGUAACACCUCUUGGAGGAAAGGUCUUAAGGAAGCGUGGCAAAGCUAGACUUUGAAAGCAGCCAGCCAAAUCCUUCAUUUUUUUGCAGUAGAAUAUGCAGUGAUAGCUGCAAGGCCCUUUUGUUGCACGGGAGACUGUGCAUCGCUCAGGCUGCGGACAGGAUUUUGGGUUGUAGUUGUGAGACGGUGUUUGGCUGGCGCUGCCUCUGAAAGCAGCCGUGCCCCGUCCCCCACCUCCUGCUGCCUCUCGCUACCCCACGCCUGAGCCCUCUGCCCUUCUAGCAACCGAGAGGGCCGAGGGGCUGAUGGGACUGAAAACUACCCUGGAGCAGGAGGGAAGUCCUGCCUGUCAGGCGAGUUCCCUCCUGCGUGACCGCGCAGCUGGCUCAGGUUUGUCACCAAGCUGCCUUGUCCCUGGUGAGAAUCAGGUGGGAUUCGAAACUCCUCAGCAGUGAUUUCUUUGCAGCGAGGCGGUUCCUCUGUUACGUGUUGCUGCUUGAGCGUCUGGAAAUACUGUGUUGUAUUUGAUUAUAAAAUAGGUCUGCAGCCCUGCCGAAGGAUGGACCUGACCCAUCAGAACAGAGCUGGCUUGGGGAAACAUGGAGUCCGUUGAAAUAAAGCGCUGUAAAGAUUUGUUGUAAA